GAGGCUGUCUUUAACCAACAAAAGUGGAGUUGAUCUAAAAUGGCAUUAGCUGCUGAUGAAGUCCUUGCUAUUGGUUCUCAAACCUUUCCAUUAAUUCAAAAGCAAUUACGUCCACCAGACUACAAGCCUCCACUUUAUAGAGCUAAAAAGGUUCCUCGUAAAAAUACUAACUAUCGAGUUACUGGAGGAAACAUUGCUGCUAUUGACUUUGGUACUACAUCAGUUUCACUGGCCUACACUACCAAAGGAGAUGAUAACGUCAAUAUAUUCAUUCUUGAUGCUCAAGAGAAAGCUGCAAGGGAUACCAAUGCUGUCCUCUUCAAGAGGAAAGAAAAAGCAAUAUCAGUGAAAGCUUUUGGGAAUACAGCUAGAUCUCAGUUUACAACAAUGAAAAAAGCUGAAAGCUAUGAUCAAGAGAAUAUAUAUUUUGAAAGAAUUAAAAUGAUAUUAAAAAGAGAAGAAAAUGUUGACAGGCAGACACUAGUUGAGUCAUUUUCUGGUGAGAAGUUUUAUCUGAUUGAAGUCAUUGCCUUCAUACUGCAGUACUUGAAGGACCAGUUGAUAGACCAUCUCUCUCGCAGUGCUAUACCAUUGAAGACAACAGAUUUUGAUUGGGUCAUUACUGUACCUGCUAUAUGGGAUGCACGAGGAAAAGGAAUGAUGAGAGAAGCUGCUUAUAUGGCUGGUCUAUUAACAGAGUCUAAAAGAAUCAGUGAGUUUACUCCUAUCUCAAGUAGUCCUUUACCAGUACCAGAUGAAGUUAAUCCUGAUAAGCUAUCACUAGCAUUAGAGCCUGAGGUAGCAGCUCUUUAUAGUCAGAAAAUGAUAGCAGAGCAGAUCAAACGCCAACCAUCAGCAGCAGCUAUCAGUCAUCCUACAGAGUAUAUGGUGAUUGAUGCUGGAGGAGGUACAAUAGAUAUCACUGCUCACGUUGAAGUAGAUGGAGGUAUUGUAGUCCAGAAUGUACCUAUUGGUAAUGCAUGGGGUGGUACACAGGUCAAUGAAGAGUUUUCUAAACUACUUCAAGAAAUAGUCAGUGACCCCGGCUUUGAAAAAUUUAUUGCUUCAGGAGAUUGUACUAAAAAUCAUGCUACACUAAAUAAAAUUGUGUAUACUGAAUUUGAAAAGCAAAAGGUGCUUUUUGGUCAAGGAAAAAUAGAAGAAAUUGCAGUAGAGCUUCCAAGAAUCUUUUUACGGUUUUAUGAAGAAGCUCUUAUUGAAGGAGUAGAAAAAAUGAGUGGCACAGAUUACAAUCCAGAUGAAAAUGACACACUUUACAUUGAUGAAAGUGUUGUAGAGUCUAAGCUGUUUGGUCCUGCUAUCCAAGGCAUUAUUGAUUGUACAGUGGCAGCUGUUGAUAAAAUCAACAACUGCCCCAGUACAUUUUACCUGGUUGGUGCUUUUGGAGGGUGCAAGUACGUUCAUGAAAAGGUCAGUGCUGCUCUAGAAAGUUACUAUCAGUCUAAAGGUCACACUGACACAUGCUCUGUAUUGAUACCUCCUACUCCUCACUUAGCUGUUGCUACUGGAGCUGCUAUGUGGCGUAAAAAUCCUGAAAAAUUCAAAGCAAGACGAGCUGAUGCUACUUAUGGAAUAGGAGUUUCUGAUACAUUUAAUCCUGAAAAGCACAAUGAGGCUUAUAAGUAUUAUAAUGAAGACCAAAAAGAAUACAAAUGUGAUUACAUAUUCAGCAUUUUUCUAGAGAAAGGAGAAUUAGCUAAAGCUGAUGAGGUAGUUACUGAAACCUUUUUUCCAAGAUAUUUAGGUGAUACUAGAAUGAGAAUUAGAAUCUACUCAACACCUGACUUUGGGAUUCAGUAUUACACAGAUGAGAAGAAGGAAGUAUUUCUCCCUACUAUUGGUGAACUAGUCAUCAAUAUUCCUAAUCCAGACAACAUGCCACUUAUACAGCAAAUAGUUGAUGUCACAAUAGAUGUAAGUGGUACAGAGAUACAAGCAAAAGCUUGCUAUCGUGUGACUGGCAAAGAAGUUAAAAUAGUCUGUGACUUUCUUUCUACCUAGUCUUGGACAAAAAUUAGUUUUCUAGUAUUAAAUUUAGCUAAUAA